UAAUCUGAUGUCAAGCUCGGUAGAGCAUGGCAUUUCAUAGGUAAAGGACAGGAAUCAUGCCACCAAGUGAGACUUGCUGCUUUUCAGCUUGUAAAGCACGAGCUGCAGCUCAACCCUCAGCACCAGGGACCUGAGCCUCUUUAUUCGUUGUACUGUCUUACGUGGUUUCCAUAUGUGUUCAUGGUGCCAUGAAGAGAAGAAAGUGCGUUUGUCGUAUUACUUCCUGAGCCCAAUUUGAGGGGUCUCAGGCUCCAUCUGGUACAUCCUCUUGCUUUAUGAAACAAUUUCCUCAAAACUGAGGAGCACCGGGUGGUCCCUGUGGGGUUGCCAUAAUGCACCUACGUCACAGCUCCACUUGUUAAUUUGGCUUCCAGAUGUUACCGUCACUCACGAUGUUCAUGAGAAGAUGGAAAAUCGUCAAAUCUCACCCGAUGGCUUCUUGUCAAAAUCUGCUGCCCCAGAGCUUAUGAAUAUGGCAGGAGAUAGUAUCCCGCCCGACCAAGUGGAUUGCCUGUCUGAUGAUUUCACUAGUCUCAGGAAAGAUGACCUGAUGCACAAUCCUGGUAGUAAUGCAGUCAUAGGAGGAACCAAGAACUGCAGCGUCUCUGUAGAUGAUCGAAAAGUCUCGGUAACAUCUGCUUUGGAAACUGGGCCAAAUACAUCGCAAAUAACUCCUGCUAUGGCACAAGGAAUCAAUGCUGAUAUAAAACACCAGUUAAUGAAGGAAGUUCGAAAAUUUGGGCGAAAGUAUGAAAGAAUUUUCAUUUUGCUUGAAGGAGUGCAAGGACCUCUUGCAGUGAGGAAACAAUUUAUUGAAUUUACCAUCAAGGAAGCUGCAAGGUUCAAAAGACGAGUCUUAAUUCAGUACCUUGAGAAGCUACUAGAAGAAAUAGAAUCCCAUCACCUUCCCAACAGCGUUUAAUCACAUCAACAGCAGAUCAUGAUGUUAACGCAAUGACCAAGGAGGAAAAAAGAAUAAGUGUUCUGUGCUGUAGGAUAGAAUGGGAUAUUGUUGAUUAUCCUACGAUGUUUUAGUCAAGGGAACUGCCUUCCAGAGGCUAAGAAAAAGCAGUGGAGCUUUUUGUUUUCAGUUUAUUUGGCGGGAAAAGCUGGCUUUUGCCUUAUGAGUUUUCUUUGAAAGUAUUACUUUGUUGUUUUGUUGUUACUUUUCCCAAUUGAGGAAGGUGAUGUUAUUAAUCCAGCAGGUUAAAAUCAGUAAACCCUGUCGCCCCUACCACAUGUGAUAAUGGUUCACUCUUGAACUUGGCCAUCCUGGGCAUUUCCAGAGUGACUAGGGACCACGUGCAGGUGGGGCACUACUUGGUGCUCUUACUAUGUCCUUUAGAAAGAAUAGGUGUUCAGAGGCCAACUGGUAAUCUUGUGUGUGCUGAACAAAGUUUUCAACCAUUCCUAGUUGUGCCUUUAAAACCAUGCAAGAUUCAGGACAGUUUGGAUCAAAGAGUAAGAAAGCUGCUAUUUGGGUAAGUUAUUUCUCCGUGGGCGGGUCACGGGGAGUCACCAAACAAUCUACCUCCAACUCUGUUCUAUUUUGUCUAGAGGCAUUACAAAGUGCACCUGAGGCUGCCUCAACCCCUGACAUUUGUUCUCGCAUGUGACGACAGAAAGUCUUCAGGGGGACUUGUGCAUUCUGUGCUUCAGAAGCAGUAAAAGAAAAAAUAAUGCAUAUAUUUCCUUUAAUGUUUAUACAAAGGUUUAUAUGGGGCAGUAUUGUUAUGUUUGUGUUAAUAUGCAAAAAUUUAAAUGUGCAAAGAGAUUCUGACAUUGCAUAUAUAUAUCAUUUUAUUGAUUUUUCACAAGG